GCCCCGCCCACCUCCUUGGGGGUCCGGUCCAGGCCUGGCCUCCUUCCUGCCGAUUGGCACAGGCCCGGAAGCGGCUGGUGUGGACUGCCGGUGGCACCGCGGCGCAGAUGGCAAGAUCACAGUUCACUGGAGCAUCAACCACCUGGGUUCAAGGGAUCCUCCCACCUCAGCCUCCAGAAUUAGCCGGGACCGAAGCCAGCCUUCAUAUCGAGCUAAUUUUUGUAUCCUUUGUAGAGACGAGCUUUCACCAUGUUUUCCUGGCUGGUCUCCAUCUCCAAAGCUGGGCCCUGGGGAGACACCACCAUGUAAUGCUGUGCCCUGGAUGUCUAACGGGCCCCUGAAAACCUCAGUUUUUUAUUAGGCUCUUUCAGUAGGGGAGGUGGAGACGGGGUUUCACCUUGUUGACCAGGAUGGUCUUGAUCUCUUGACCUUGUGAUCCACCCGCCUUGGCCUCCCAAAGUGCUGGGAUUAUAGACAUGAGCCACCGCGUCCCGCCUGUACUUUUGAUAGAGAUGAGAUUUCACCGUAUUGUGCAGGGAGGUGAUGGGCUGUGCUCUGCAUGGGGCUUGGUGAAGGCCACCUGGGUGCCCUGAAGAUCUGUACCCUGAUGCAGUGUGUGUGGACUUCCAGAAGAAAACCAAGAUCUGAAAACGCGAUUGAUUUCCAAAGACUCAUGUUACGAGGCAGCCACCAGGAAGGCCAAAGAAAAGGAGCCCGGGAUGCCUCCUCCUAAGGGACGCUUGACUUUCAGGGAUGUGGCUAUAGAAUUCUCUUUGGCGGAGUGGAAAUGCCUGACCCCUGCUCAGAGGGCUUUAUACAGGGACGUGAUGUUGGAGAACUACAGGAACCUGGAGUCUGUGGGUGAGGAAAACAUCCCUCCAGACACGAGGAAUCUGCCCUUGUCCAUCUUGGCUCUUCCUGAUAGCUUUUUAAAGUCUAUGAUGAAGUUCUCAUCAACAGGGCAAGGUAGUACAGGAGAAGGGAUCCACACAGCGACAUUGGGAAAAUGUACAAGUCAUCACAUUGGAGAUUCUUGCUUCCCAGAAGCUGAGAAAGAUAUUCAUGAGUUUGAGUUUCAGAGGCAAGAAGUCAAAGGAAAUGGCCAUGAAGCACUCAUGACAGAACCCAAGGAGUUGACUGGAAGUACAGAGCCAUAUGAUGACGGGUGUGCUGGCAGGAAGCCUAUUGGAGAUCAGCUUGGGUUAAGCUUCCAUUCGCAUCUGCCGGAACUGCACAUAUUUCAGACCGAAGGGAACAUUGAUAAUCAGCUAGAGACGUCUGCCAAUGAUGAUUCCUCAGUUUCAACAGCCCAAAACAUUUCUUGUAGGCUCAAAACCCAUGUCUCUAACAAGCAUGAGAAUAAUGUCCUCCAUUCUUCAUUAUUCACACAAAAACAGGAAGUACACAUGAGAGAAAAACCUUUCCAUUGUAAUGAGUGUGGCAAAGACUUUCAUAAUAGUUCAGUCUUAAGGCGACAUCAGCUAACCCAUUCAGGAGAGAAACAAAACAAAUGUGAUGUGUGUGGCAAAGUCUUUCCUAAGAAGCACAACCUUGUAAGUCACCAUAGAGUUCAUACUGGAGAGAAACCUCACAAGUGUAAUGAGUGCGGCAAGACCUUUACUCAGAAGUCAUCCCUGCAGUGCCAUCAUAGAAUUCACACUGGAGAGAAACCUCACAAGUGUAACGAGUGUGGCAAGACCUUUACUCAGAAGUCAUCCCUGCAGUGCCAUCAUAGAAUUCACACUGGAGAGAAACCUUACACAUGUAAUGAAUGUGGUGAGAGUUUUAAUAGAAAAUCACACCUUGCACGUCAUCAGAUCCUUCAUACUGGAGAGAAACCUUACACAUGUAAUGAGUGUGGGAAGGGUUUUAGUGCAAAAGCACACCUUGCACGUCAUCACACACUUCAUACUGGAGAGAAACCUUACAAAUGCAAGAUUUGUGACAAGGUUUUCCGGAGUCGUUCAUACCUUCCAGAGCAUCAGAGAAUUCACACUGGAGAGAAACCUUACAGGUGUAACGAGUGUGGCAAGACCUUCAGCCGGAAGUCAUACCUGCAGUCCCAUCAUAGAAUUCACACUGGAAAGAAACCUUACACAUGUAAUGAAUGUGGGAAGGGUUUUAGUACAAAAGCACACCUUGCACGUCAUCACAUACUUCAUACUGGAGAGAAACCUUACACAUGUAAUGAAUGUGGGAAGGGUUUUAGUAGAAGAGCACACCUUGCACGUCAUCACAUACUUCAUACUGGAGAGAAACCUUACAAAUGCAAGAUUUGUGACAAGGUUUUCCGGAUUCGUUCAUACCUUCUAGAGCAUCAGAGAAUUCACACUGGAGAGAAACCUUACAGGUGUAACGAGUGUGGCAAGACCUUCAGCCGGAAGUCAUCCCUGCAGUGCCAUCAUAGAAUUCACACUGGAAAGAAACCUUACUCAUGUAAUGAAUGUGGGAAGGGUUUUAGUACAAAAGUGCACCUUGCAUAUCAUCACAUACUUCAUACUGGAGAGAAACCUUACAAAUGCAAGAUUUGUGACAAGGUUUUCCGGAGUCGUUCAUACCUUCCAGAGCAUCAGAGAAUUCACACUGGAGAGAAACCUUACAGGUGUAACGAGUGUGGCAAGACCUUCAGCCGGAAGUCAUACCUGCAGUGCCAUCAUAGAAUUCACACUGGAAAGAAACCUUACACAUGUUAUGAAUGUGGUGAGAGUUUUAAUAGAAAAUCACACCUUGCAUGUCAUCAGACCCUUCAUACUGGAGAGAAACCUUACAGGUGUAACGAGUGUGGCAAGACCUUCAGCCGGAAGUCAUACCUGCAGUCCCAUCAUAGAAUUCACACUGGAAAGAAACCUUACACAUGUAAUGAAUGUGGGAAGGGUUUUAGUACAAAAGCACACCUUGCACGUCAUCACAUACUUCAUACUGGAGAGAAACCUUACAAAUGCAAGAUUUGUGACAAGGUUUUCCAGAUUCGUUCAUACCUUCUAGAGCAUCAUAGAAUUCACACUGGAGAGAAACCUUACAAGUGUAAUGAGUGUGGCAAGGUUUUUAAUCAGCCAGCACUCCUUUCACGUCACCGUAGACGUCAUACUGGAGAGAAGCGUUACAAUUGUGAAGAAUGUGACAAAGAUUUUAGUUGCAAAUCACACCUUGAAAGACAUAAAAGAAUUCAUACUGGAGAGAAACCAUACAAAUGUAAGGUUUGUAACAAGGCUUUUGGGCGUGAUUCAUACCUGGCACAACAUCAGAGAGUUCAUACUGGAGAGAAACCUUACAAGUGUAGUGAGUGUGGCAAGACCUUCAGUCAGAUGUCAUCCCUUGUAUAUCAUCGUAGACUUCAUACAGGAGAGAAACCGUAUCAGUGUAGUGAGUGUGGCAAGACCUUCAUUCAGAUGUCAUGCCUUGUAUACCAUCGUAGACUUCAUACAGGAGAGAAACCUUAGUGUAAUGACUGUGGGAAAACCUUCAGUCAGACGUUAUCCCUUGCAUAGCAUCAUAGACUUCAUACAGGAGAGAAACCUUAUCAGUCUAGUGAGUGUGGCAAGACCUUCAUUCAGAUGUCAUCUCUUACAUACCAUCGUAGACUUCAUACUGGAGAGUAACCUUAUAAGUGUCAUCUACAGGGUCCAGCCUUGCCGGGUCUCUUGGGUGUUCUUUUGUGUUCGGAGAAGAUAGAUCAAAGGAAAGAAAGACACAAGACAGAGAGAUCAGAAAAGAGUUGAGCUGGACCCAGGGGACUACUACUAGUAAGGUGCAGAAUCCAGUUGUGGCCCCGAAUGCCUGGACAUGCUGAUACUUACUGUAUACAAGGCAGGGGGGCAGGGUAAAGAGUGACUCAUCUGACAUGAUUGAUAGGGUCAGGCAAAUCACAUGCUUACAGCUCGGGGCCUCCCUUUCAGGUCGCCGCUGCAAAAAGGGAGGCACAUACGUCAGCAUCUUUCUGUGCACUUGUCAGAAAGAUCAAAGGCUUCCUGUAGGAUUCCUCUAUUCUCAUGCCUUGUAAGAACAUAAAAAGAGCACCAGGUUGGAAAGCGAAACCUGAAAGUGGACAAGGAUGGUGACCAUCGGAGCACAGCACCGCAGAGAGACAUUUAAGCCCCUGGAGGCUGGGCGUGGUGGCUCACGCCUAUAAUCCCAGCACUUGGGGAGACCAAGGUGGGUGGAUCAUGAGGUCAAGAGAUCAAGACCAUCCCGGUCAACAUGGUGAAAACCUGUCCCUACUAAAAAUACAAAAAACUUAGCUGGGCAUGCUGGCUCGCACUUGUAGUCCCAGCUACUUGGGAGGCUGAGGCAGGAGAAUUGCUUGAACACAGGAGGCGGCAGUUGCGGUGAGCUGAGAUCACGUCAUUGCACUCCAGCCUGGGUAACAAUAGUGAAACUCUGUCUCAGAAAAAAAUAAAAUAGCCCCUGGUCGUCUGCAGGUUGGCUUGGCUAAUAUCAGGCCUUCCUCAAGACUCAAGGUUUUCUGAAAUCCUCCAAUGAAAAAGAAACUCCCUUUUACAGCCUGCUAAGUAGAGGUCACUUUCCCAGCAGCUGACACUACAGCAAGACACUCCCCUCCUGAUCACUUCUCACAAUGUCCCUUCCAUUUCUAAUUAUAUUUCACCUGAUUAUGUCUAUAUUAUGUGACGGAAGUGAUUCUGUGCUAUACUACUAAACCAAAGGUUAAUAAUAGUGAUUAAAUAGGAGUUUUAUAUAA